GGAAGUUAUUCGUGUCGCCAUGAAUAAAAACAUACACCCGACGAUUCACGAUUCUCCUUUUUAAAUAUUAACCUCGCGUCUCUAAGUUUGAAAAAUUAAAAAAAAACGAAUAAUAUUUAGGAUUCUUGUUAGUUUUAUAAAAAUAAAUUAAAAAUUUUUUGAGAUCUAGUUAGUGUAAAAUCUGUUUAAGUCGGAAGAUUAUAGAUAAAAAUGUUUCUCUGGGACUGGUUUGCCGGAAUUUUAAAUUAUCUAGGUUUGUACAAAAAGUCAGGUAAAUUAGUGUUUCUUGGUCUGGACAAUGCAGGAAAAACGACUUUAUUACAUAUGUUGAAAGACUCACGUAUGGCCCAACACGUGCCUACACUACAUCCCACAUCAGAAGAGUUAACAAUGGGUGGUAUGAGGUUCACGACCUUUGACCUGGGAGGUCACGAACAGGCGCGAAGGGUUUGGAAAGAUUACUUUCCUGCUGUUGACGGCAUAGUCUUCCUCGUCGACUGCUUUGAUAAGGCCAGAUUAAAUGAGGCCAGGAAAGAGUUACAAAGUUUACUGGCAGACGAGCAAAUAGCAAAUGCUCCAGUUUUGAUACUUGGUAACAAAAUAGAUUUGUCAGGAGCAUGCAGUGAGGAUGAGAUUCGUUAUAUGUUCGGUCUACACAGUAUUGCUACUGGAACGGGAAUAAGGCCCCGAAGUGAAUUGAACAGGCGUCCUGUUGAACUGUUCAUGUGCUCAGUACUAAAGAGGCAGGGGUAUGGGGAUGGAUUUCGUUGGCUUGCUCAGUACAUUAAUUAAUUAACUGAUUGAUUAAAUAAUUAAUUAAUUAAUUUGUUAUUUAAUUGAUUGAUUGGUUAGUUGCUUGGUUGAUUAAAUUGAUCAAUUGAAUGUCAUUACAAACAAUUUUUUCUCUGUUACCUGUUUGUUAGAAUGUCAGUGUGUUUGUGUGUGUACAGGUAUGGUUAUGUUAGCUUG